ACGUUUGUUAUAAUUUGACAAGAGGGAGGGCAAAUCAACGUGUCCACACGGUCAACAGAAAUCCGACGAUGUCGAAAUCUAGUCCGGACAACAACCAAAAUCCCAAAGACUUGGCGCUGGAUGCGCUUAAAAGUGUGGUGUCGGAAGCUUUUGUGGGCAAAUUCACAGCUGUUUUUCCAAAGCUUUUCAAGUGCCAAUGGAAGACGUACGAAGGUCAGAAGAAGGUUAGUUAGUACAUCAGUUGAUUACAUUCGAGUUUUUUGCAAAUUUCUCAGACACCGGGUGCAACAUGGCUGGCCGUAAAUUCUGCGUUGGUGGUAACUGGAAGAUGAAUGGUGACCAAAAGUCCAUUGCCGAGAUCGCCAAGACCCUCAGCGAUGCCACGCUGGAUCCCAACACAGAGGUCGUAAUCGGCGCCCCCGCCAUCUAUCUGAUGUACGCACGCAACCUGCUGCCCUGCAGCAUCGGUGUCGCCGGCCAGAAUGCCUACAAGGUGGCCAAGGGCGCCUUCACUGGUGAGAUUUCGCCCGCCAUGUUGAAGGACAUCGGUGCCGAUUGGGUCAUCUUGGGCCACUCUGAGCGUCGUGCCAUCUUCAAGGAGUCCGACGAACUCAUCGCGGAGAAGGCCGAGCAUGCUUUGGCCGAGGGCCUCAAGGUCAUUGCCUGCAUUGGCGAGACACUCGAGGAGCGCGAGGCUGGCAACACCAACGAUGUGGUUGCUCGCCAGAUGUGCGCCUAUGCCAAGAAGAUCCGCGACUGGACGAACGUUGUGGUUGCCUACGAGCCCGUGUGGGCCAUUGGCACCGGCAAGACCGCCACUCCCGAUCAGGCCCAAGAGGUGCACGCCUAUCUGCGCAAAUGGCUGGUUGAGAACGUCUCCCAGGCUGUCUCCGACUCUCUGCGCAUUCAGUAUGGUGGCUCUGUGACCGCUGCCAAUGCCAAGGAGCUGGCCAAGAAGCCCGACAUCGAUGGCUUCCUUGUUGGCGGUGCUUCUCUGAAGCCCGAGUUCGUUGACAUCAUCAACGCUCGCCAGUAAAAAUACAGCUAGAGAACUGCCCAAGAAACAAAUAAGCAAGAAAGAAGAACUUUGUUACCCGGAUCUGAAAUUUAUUGCAUUAAGCGCACAUACAUUACAAAUUUGUUGUCAUAUCGAUUAGCGAUACCACUCGAUAUUCUAAUACAAUAGUUAUCGAAUGUAAUUCAAAAUUCUA